AAUAACAAGUUUAAAAAGCCAAUAAUUUGUAUGACUUUUUUCAUUGAUUCAAAACAAAAAAGAAAAAAUGGCCGGAGAAGAAGUGAUACUAUUAGAUUUAUGGUCAAGUCCAUUUGCAAUGAGAGUGAGGAUUGCAUUAGCAGAGAAGGGAGUUGAGUAUGAAGAAAGAGAGGAAAUUCUUAACAAUAAAAGCCAAGUUUUAUUGAAGAUGAAUCCUGUUUAUAAGCAAGUUCCAGUUCUUAUUCACAAUGGUCGACCAAUUUGUGAGUCCCUCAUCAUUGUUGAAUACAUUGAUGAGGUUUGGUCUCAUAAAACUCCUCUAUGUCGGCUACUUCCUACUCAUCCUUAUGAGAGGGCCAAUGCUCGCUUUUGGGCCAACUACAUCGACAACAAGAUAUACAACAUAGGGAAGUUAAUAUGGGGUUCUGAAGGUGAAGUCCAGGAAGCAGCAAAGAAGGAAUUGGUGGAAUGCUUUAAAUUAUUGGAGAAAGAGUUAGGAGACAAAUGCUUCUUUGGAGGGUUAAAUCUAAAUAUAGUAGAUGUGGCUCUCAUCCCUUUCUAUUCUUGGUUUUAUGCAAUGGAGACUUGUGGAAACUUCAGCAUUGUAGAUGAGUGCCCUCAUUUGGUGGCAUGGGCUAAGAGGUGUAUGCUUAAAGAAAGUGUGUCCAAAUCUCUUCCUGACCAAUUUAGAGUUUAUUCCCAUCUUUUGGAGCUCAGAAAGCUACACCUUUCACAGCUAAAAGCCUAAUACGAUGUAUUAUAUUUGUUCUUAAUUACAUUUACUAUGUAAGCAUUAAGCUUGCUUUUAUUUAAUGUUCUAUGGAACAUAUGUUACACGUGGGAAAUAGAUUUAUUGGUUCUAUUUAGCAAAAAGCUUGUAUAUAAUGAGCUUUAAUAAAAUAUGAAAUUUAAUA